AUGAGGAGUAAUCGUACGAUCAAUCGCACAGUAGAACUUAUGCUCACCAUGUUCGGUGUCUGGCCAGGUAUAUCAUGCGUUAUACUCUACAGAGUCUUUUGGAUGAUUACGCUGUCAAUUAGUCAAUUCUUCCACUGCUCGUACUUUGUAACGCACUUUCAUUUCGACAAUCUUUUCGACUUGAUGGACUGUCUGAGUAGCUUUUUGGCGCAUGUAAAACUAACCGUUAAACUUAUUAUUUUCUCGUUGAAACAACGAAAAUUCAUAGAAAUCUUGACAACGAUGACGGAAGACUGGACCGAUUGCGAUAACGAUGGCGUUGCGUUAUGCGAAACGGCAGGCAAAACGAAACUAUCGAGUCGUAUUUGUAAUGGAUUAAUUAUUCUUCAUACAAUCGGCGCGUUUUCAUAUGUCAUUGGUAUCCUGCUGGCCGAUGUCGAUGUCACCGAUCGAACGGUUGAACUCCCUCUCAUGAUGAAAAUGGAAUAUCCCUUCGUUAUAGACACGCAACGCAAGUACAGUCUGGUAUUAGUUACGCAGUUCGUUUUCGUGAUGGUGUGCAGUUGGGGAGCUGGUUUAUUCAACGCUCUGUUUCUAACUCUGACUCUACACGUAGGCAGUCAAAUAAACAUCCUGCUUUGCUGGUUAUCGAAACUUGAAUCCAAAGACAUCGAAAACAAGCAUGAUUCGUUUGUUACUGUUACGACGAAAAUCAUUCGAAAGCAUCAAAAAGUUAUCAAUCUUUCGGAGAACGUUGAAAAUCUCUAUACAUACAUCGCUUUGCUUCAAUUUACAUCAAAUAUAGUAAUGAUUUGCUCAUUAGCAUUUCUUAUUGUGACUGCAAUCGGCAGUCCCGAUUCCACUGAACAAAUAUUGAGGUCUCUUUUAUUUUACGCUCUAACGAAUCUCGAAGCGUUUAUAUUUUGCUUCGCUGGAGAAUAUCUGAACAAUAAGAGCAAAGCGAUCGGAAAUGCAGCGUACAAUUCUACCUGGUACGAUAUGAAAACUAAGGACAGUCGUGUUCUAUUAUUUAUAAUUUUAAGAUCUCAAAGACAAUUGAAGCUUACAGCGGGCAAGAUGACAGUUCUUUCCUUUGAGUGCUUUACAAAUAUUAUGAAGGCUUCAGGAUCGUAUUUAUCGGUACUGCUGGCAAUGAAAUAA